AUGAACGAGGACGCGGGGGCGUGGGAGGAGGGCGGGGGCGACUCGGCGGCCGCGGCGGUGCCCCCCGACGUCGCCGCCUCCAUGCGCCAGUUCAUCCAGGCCCUCACCACACCCGAGUCGGAGCUGGAGCAGCAGAUUGUGGAGGAGGUGGGCCGGUGGGCGACGCGGCACGAGCCGCCCCCCGCCACCCCCCUCCCCGCCCACGCCGACAGCCGCUGCCUGGCGGGCAGCAGCAUGAACAACUCGCGCGGCAGCAGCCUCGCCUGGAGCGCCGGCGCCGGCGCCGGCGCCGGCCCCAGCAGCGGCCGCGGCAGCAGCGACGACGACGGCCCCGCUGCCAGCAGCAGCAGCAGCAGCGCGCGCGGCAGCGAGGAGGGCACCAGCGCGGCCUGGCGCCUGUGCGCCUGGCUGCGCCGCGCGGGCUGGCCCGCCCAGCACUGCGCCUCCAUCCGCACCGGCAGCAACGGCGGCGGCUCCGGCGGCGGCUGGCACUUCUGCUCCGGCCACGAGUUCCUGCUGCUGCACCCGCACAAGUGCGGCGGCGCGCGGCGCGGCGCGGCCAGCCGCCCAGCCCCCGCCGCCAGCAGCUGCAGCAGCGACGACGGCGGCAGCGGCGGCGACAGCUGCGUGCCCGGCGCGGGCGGGCGCGGCUGCGGCGCCGCCAUUGUGGUGGACCCCGAGUUCAGCACCCAGUUUGCGCUGGCCUCGCCCUCGCCCCGCUACCAGGCCCUGCUGCUGCUGCUGCCCCGCGUGUUUCAGCUGGUGGAGUGGGUGUGCCGCGAGAUGCAGUUCAGCUUCACGCAGGGCGGCAGCGGGGUGCCACCCUGGCGCUCGCUGGCGCACGUGCUGGACAAGUGGCGGCUGCGCGAGGAGGAGCGUGGGGAGGGCACCGCCGCGGACCAGCUGCUGCAGCCGCCCCCGCCGCUGCCGCACCUGGCGCGGCCGGCGUGGGAGGGGGAGGAGCGCCGUGCGGCGGCGCAGGCCGAGCAGCAGCAGGCCCAGAAGCAGGCGCACUGGUGCGGCAGCGCCUUCUCGGCGGAGCAGCAGCAGGCGAUGCGCCAGCUGCUGGUGCAGCAGGCCAUGCAGGUGGGGCAAGCGCCGCCGCGCCGCGCGGCGAGGGCCAGCAGCAGCGCCAGCAGCAUGGAUGUGGCGGCGCCGCACGUGGGCGGCGGCCUGUCGCCACAGCGCUCGGCCCUGACCCUGGAGCUGGCGGGGGCGCAGGUGCAGCAGGAGCAGGAGGCGCCGGCGUGGGCGCACUGA